AUGAGAGUCACUGACAUCACUGUGACUACACCAAAUAUAAAUGAAAUGAGAGUCACUGACAUCACUGUGACUACACCAAAUAUAAAUGAAAUGAGAGUCACUGACAUCACUGUGACUACACCAAAUAUAAAUGAAAUGAGAGUCACUGACAUCACUGUGACUACACCAAAUAUAAAUGAAAUGAGAGUCACUGACAUCACUGUGACUACACCAAAUAUAAAUGAAAUGAGAGUCACUGACAUCACUGUGACUACACCAAAUAUAAAUGAAAUGAGAGUCACUGACAUCACUGUGACUACACCAAAUAUAAAUGAAAUGAGAGUCACUGACAUCACUGUGACUACACCAAAUAUAAAUGAAAUGAGAGUCACUGACAUCACUGUCACUACACCAAAUAUAAAUGAAAUGAGAGUCACUGACAUCACUGUGACUACACCAAAUAUAAAUGAAAUGAGAGUCACUGACAUCACUGUGACUACACCAAAUAUAAAUGAAAUGAGAGUCACUGACAUCACUGUGACUACACCAAAUAUAAAUGAAAUGAGAGUCACUGACAUCACUGUGACUACACCAAAUAUAAAUGAAAUGAGAGUCACUGACAUCACUGUGUGA